CACAAAACAGUUGCUAUUUUCACGUAACUCGAAAAGGAACGAAAUCCGUCAAAAUUUUCUGAGGGGAAAAUAGCUAGCUACUGACUUUCGUUCACGAGAUCGCAGACUUUAAUUAGAUAAGGAAUCGCAUAUUUACCAAAGUAUAGAGACUGUGUAUUUAAGACCUUAAUUUAUUUAGUAACUGGGUAUUUUUUUUUACAAUCUUCAUAGAUUAGCUAGCUUGCUAGCUAACUAAAUAAAUCCGUAAAGUAACUGCUAACGUUUCUUAGCAGACAUGAAUGUCGAUACUCCACAAACAGUUACUAAUGUUAGUGGGGGAACAGCAACAAAUUCCUCCACGUCGAGCAACACUAGCAACUGCGUACCAAAUAGCAACUCUGCUGCAAAUGUCAGUAGUAUACCCUCAGCUGGAACCAGCAAUGUUCCAACGUCAGCAGCAAUGGCAACACCAUCUUCGGACUCCUCCGUUUCAAAUGGGCUCUAUGUGCCCACUGGAAUAGCCAAUGGUGAUGUGAAGCCUGUCAUAUCAACCACACCACUUGCUGAUUUCCUGAUGCAGUUAGAAGAUUAUACCCCCACAAUCCCAGAUGCUGUUACAGGCUAUUACCUCAAUCGAGCAGGUUUUGAAGCAUCAGAUCCAAGGAUAAUUCGUCUGAUUUCUUUGGCGGCCCAGAAGUUUAUCUCAGACAUUGCUAAUGAUGCAUUGCAACACUGUAAAAUGAAAGGCACUGCUUCAGGGAGCUCCAGAAACAAGGCAAAGGACAAGAAGUACACCCUCACGAUGGAGGACCUGGCUCCAGCUUUAUCAGAAUAUGGUGUCAAUGUUAAGAAACCCUACUACUUCACAUAAACAACCAAAUCAUGAGAUUAACAUGGGAUUUAAGCUUCAAUGAGUGGUACCCACCCCUUAGAGACUUAUUAUUAUUAUUAUUAUUAUUAUGAUUAUUAUUAUUGUUGUUAUUAUUAUUAUUAUUAAUAAUAAUAAUCAUAAUAAUAACUAACUAUGAAAACUAAUAAUGGCAGACAAAAAAGGUCCAGUUUUGUGUGGACCUUUGGUUUACUUAGCUAUUUUGUAUUUUGUUUAACCAUGCCUUUUGUUUCAUUAUAUGUUGGUAACAUUGUACUGACAAAAAUAAACAGGAUUUAUUUGUCACUCUCAUUUUCAUGUUAUCUGUCUUUUUGUAUAGUUCAGAAUAUAUUACUAUGCUAGAUUUACUGUUUUACACAAUAUUUACGAUUGGUAAAACCUUUUUGUUUGUGCCUAAAAGGAGGAAGAUUGACCAGCCAAUAAUUUUCAUCUCACUGAAGGACAGAUGCCUAAAAAUGAUUGAGAUGGUCCAAAUGGCCCAAUUAUUAAUAACUUUAGACAGUUUUACUAAGGAAAGAAAGACUUGUUUUUAUGUAUUAGUGACGGGCAGUUUUACUUUGUUUACUUGAGCAUAUCUUUUUCUCACCUCUGUUUUGUGUCUAAGUUUCCAUGCUAUAAGAGGACCGAACUGCUUAAGUAUUAAUAGAAUUGGAAGCAUAUCUCAUGUUUCACUCACUGCCUAAUAGCUUUGGUUACCAGUAUAUCAAGAUCAAGGGGUUGAUCUUUUACUAGGUAGAAAUAAAACUGAUGACAAUA